AUGGGAGAAGCAUCUGAUAUGCGUCCAUGGGCGAAGGUUUGGAGUCUGCAGGUUCCCCCUAAGAGCAACUGGAAUGGUGUUAAUGAGCAGGAGGCACCGGUUAGUAACCAUACUGCUGAAGAGCUUUGGAAACCACCUUCACAUAGCCGCCUCAAGUUAAAUACGGAUGUUGCCAUGGAGUCUAACAGUGGUUCAAUGGGCAUGGGAUGGAUUGUAAGAUAUGAAAUGAGUGUUCUUGUGGCUGCCAAGAGCUCAUCGGUUUCAGGUUACUUUGAUGUCAAGGAUGCCGAAGCGAUGAGCAUUCGCGAAGCUCUAAGCUGGGUAAAGGCUUUGGGCUAUGGCGACAUCGAUGUGGAAACUGAUUCCCAGAUUGUUUUUUAUGCUUUGUCUUCUAUUUCAUAUAACUCUCCUUUUAGCUUAUUAAUUGAUGAUGUUAAAGAGGCUGCAUCCUAG